CCAAUGAUAAGGAUUGGUGUAUUACAUGUAGGUACAGUAAUGAACCUCAUUGAGAGGAACUCUCAGUUCAGGGAUGCUCCUAAUAUAGAGACUACAUUCUCACAAGAGAACGAGGACAGGAUCUACGAGAUACCUGUAAAAAUGUUAAACAAUUUUAAUCAACAGGUGAGGCGUAUAAGCCACAAUACGAUUGUGAUGCUAUUAGAAGAUCCAAAGAGUUCAAUCAAUAGUUUGGUGUCCCAGUUGUGUCCGAUGGUGAGGAAGUGUCUCGGGAAAGAAGAAACCUACGACCUAAGAAUGGACACUGUAAUGCUAAUUGGUCGAGUGGCAUCAUUUCUCGGUCAAGAGGUCUGUGUGUCUGAGUUUGUUCCUCAGUUACCAGCUUUAGCAUCUGACGCCAUGUUCCAUGUGAGAAAGUCCUUUGCUAUAUGCUGUAAAGACUUGUGCUCAGUAAUAGGACCAGCAUCAACUGAGGAAGUUAUUGUGAGUAUAUUUUAUAGAGUUUAUAUGUACAA